GCCGGUCAUCAAAACGCAUUACAGAACGCAUUACAAACAACAUACCGAGUGAUAACCUUUAUGUCAUUUUCAAUUUAAAAAUAAUCUAAAGGCUUUCAAUAAUGGCCACCCUCAAAUAUCUUCAGAAAAUUCCCAGUAACAUAAGGUCAGUUGGAACCACUCCGGCGAAUAAAGAUGCCUGGCUUUCAAAGAUAUUCGUGAGGAAAAUUGAGCCGACCAAGGAAUCACAUAGCCGUAUGCUCAGCGAUAAAGAAAUAAUUUACUCUUUGCAGACACAUAACUAUAGGCCAGACUCAAAAAUCCCAUAUUUGAACAAUGUGUAAGUAACUAUUUGCAAGAAAAAUAAUCUAGAUAGCUACAAACCAAUGUAAACAAUAUCAUUGCAAAAUCAUUGCUACAUGUUUAUAAGUAAUCUUUAUGUUGUUUUUAAGCCAUUGUUUAUC